CUUCCCAACCAUUUCUCUCCUGUCUCCUCGUCUCUUUCCUCGCUUCUCUCUCUCUCUCCCUCCCCUCAUCAAUCUCGUGACGUCGCCUCCCCCAACGGAAACGCGAGAGAAAUCAGGGAGAAACCUUCCGCCCUUGGCGGCGUAGCCAUGGAGCAGUGAGAUCCCCUCUGCCGCGGGCGGGGGCAGAAAGAGGAGGGGCCGCUCUCGUGUGUGGUUGGGAAGGGAUCCGGCGGCGGCGGCGGCGGCGGAGAAGAAGUGAAAGCUACCGGUUGGCUCCUACUUGACCUGUGAAAGAGGGUGUGUUGUGAGGCAGCCAGGGAGUUUGGUUUGGUCAAGAAGAGCUCCCAGUUCCCUUCCUUUUGUCUUGUACAUGUCAUGCUUGCUGUGAGCUGUCCUGUUUGUUCAUCAAGAGGAUAGAACGGUGUUCCCAGGAUCUGUGUUCUGCCCUUUUGGGUGUAGUCUUGCCUUUUUGUUCUGGGCUUGGCUAUGUCAGUUUCGGAGAAGGCGGUGCGGUCAUGCUCGGCGUCUUCGUCGGAUUUGGAUCCGCUGUUGAAGGAUCUUACAGAGAAGAAGUUGAGCUUUAGAAGAAACGUGGCGUCUUUGGCAUCUGAGCUCAAGGAUGUGAGAAACAAGCUUGCUUCGCAGGAGCAGUUGUUUACCAGGGAAUCCCAAACUAGGAAGGUUGCAGAGACGAAGGCAAGGACCAUGGAGGAGGAAGUGAGUAAGCUGCAAAAGUGCUUACUGGACAAAGAUGAGCAACUUCUUGCGACAAUUGGUAGCACUGAAAAGUACCUCCACGAUUUGGAUGAUCUUAGAUCACAACUGUCAGUUACCCAAGCUACAGCAGAAGCUAGCGCUGCAUCAUCCAAGUCAGCUCAGUCACAAUGCCUUUCAUUGUUGAAAGAGCUGAAUGAGAAGGACCGCUCGCUGAAAGAACAUGAGCUUCGAGUUAAUAAGCUUGGCGAGCAGCUAGGUCUUCUCCAGAAGGACCUUCAGGCAAGAGAGCUCUCACAGAGGCAACUUAAGGACGAAGUUUUAAGAAUCGAGACCGAUAUCAUGGAUACAGUUGUCAAAGCUGGGUCUAACAAAGAUAAUGAGCUUCUGAAGAUCUUAUCUGAUGUUUCACCAAGGAAUAUCGAGAAUAUUAGCAAGCAUUUGAAUGCUAAGGAUGCAGAGAUUGCCAGGCUGAGAGAUGAAAUCAGGAUAUUGUCUGCUCACUGGACAAAUAAAACAAAGGAACUAGAGUCACAAUUGGAGAAGCAGCGCAGAACUGACCAGGAGCUGAAAAAGAGGGUUCUUAAACUUGAGUUCUGCCUUCAAGAAUCACGAUCUCAGAUCCGAAAACUUCAGAGGGCGGGGGAAAAGAGGGACAAACAACUCAAGGAGCUCAAGGAUCAGGUGGCCGUGAAGCAGCCCAACGGCCCUCGUCACGAUGAUGGUGACGACAGGCACAACUUCUGGGAGAGCCAGAGCUUCAAGUUCGUCGCAUCCAUGUCGAUGCUGGCCCUGGUGAUCCUCACCAAGCGUUGAGAAAAGGAAUAACAUCGCAUGGUCCCGUGUAGAGAACUUUGAGAGGAGGUUCCAGAUGUUAGGAGAGCACCUAGCUCGCUGCUCUGUAGUUUAUAAGAAGCCAGCCAUGCUACUCAAGUAGCGUUUCUAAAAGUUAGGUGUAGACUGUAGACUGCACCUCCAUGUAGAUGAUCAGAUGUUUAGAAACUGAAAUUUGCCGACAUCCAAGUUUAUGUAGUCCUCUAGACUGUAGUGCAGCUGUUAGUUCAUGUAAGGUAAUAAUAGUAGAAUUCUGUAGUUAAUUUCACUCUGCUUUGCUUAUAAUCUGUAGCGUCUAUACAUGGCUAAUAUCAGCUUCUUGGGUCCAGUAUGUGAUUUUCUUCA